AACUUUCUGUCUUCAAACGGAACAACAGCGGCUGUGUUUGUUUCCACCGGAGCCUCUAUCCCGUUGGACUGUUUGAGGAUCGUGACGUGGUGAACUGCGCCUUGAAAAAACUACAAUUAGCGUCAAUAACAUCGCAAUUAAACCCGCCGGACGUCUGUCACGCACAUGUACGAGUCUUAGUUUGUGCGGGAUAAGAAGGUUUGUGCGGUGGUUUCUCCGGGAGUCGACAGUUUGCGCGAUUAUCAGGGCGGUGUGUGAGAGUGUUUGCUGUGACUGACUGAGCAGACCGGAGCGGAGCGGCAGCAUGAAGCUCUACAGCCUCAGCGUCAUCCACAAAGGAGCGACCAAAGCCAACCUGCUCAAGGCGGCCUACGACCUCUCCUCCUUCAGCUUCUUCCAGCGCUCCAGUAUUCAAGAGUUCAUGACCUUCACCAGUGCCUUGAUUGUUGAACGGACAUCCCAAGGAAGCCGUGCCUCUGUCAAAGAACAAGAGUACCUCUGCCAUGUGUAUGUAAGAAACGACAAUCUGAGUGCUGUGGUCAUUGCAGAUACCGAAUACCCACAGAGAGUCUGUUUCACAUUGCUAGACAAGGUAUUAGAGGAGUUCUCUAGACAAGUGGACAGUAUAGACUGGCCAUCUGGUAGUCCUGAAACCAUAACUUACAAAGCCCUGGAUAUUCACCUUUCUAAAUACCAGAACCCCAGAGAAGCAGAUGCAAUGACUAAAGUUCAGGCAGAACUGGAUGAGACAAAGAUCAUUUUGCACAACACCAUGGAAAGUCUGUUGGAGAGAGGAGAGAAACUGGAUGAUCUUGUGGCAAAGUCCGAGCACCUGGGAAACCAGUCCAAAGCCUUCUACAAGACUGCACGGAAACAGAACUCAUGCUGUGAAAUCAUGUGAUGUCGCUGCCUCGUCCUCUUGGACACGCCUCUCUCUGCCUUUCUGCUUUUCCUACAACUCCCAUCAUGCACCUGCCACCAGCUCUCGACACAAUGGACAGAACGGGCGCUGUCUAAACCGGGAUGGGACGCCAGGAUAAGAGCAAGAGAGGGUGGAUGGUGGCGGCCAGUUGAAGCAUAACCUUUUCCGGAUUGUGGCUGAUGGGGGCUGAAGGAGUGAUGGGGUUUGGUCGGGGGAAGUAACAUUUGAAUUAUUUUUAACCUUCUCAAAGGGUAAACAUCUGUGUGGUGUUUCAAUACCAGCUGAGGACAUAAUAGUGUGACGUGUAUUGGUGAUGUAUUGUUGAAUUGUCUUCAAACCAUUUAAUGUUACUCAGAUUCAAUCAAAUCUUAAUAGUUUGAUUUCAGAGAGUAUUAACCACAGAUGUGCUUCUGCUUCAAGGCAACUCUGACAAUCUCGCAGUCUUGUGAAUUCAUAAAAUACGUCACCAUUUCGGUUCACGUCUUGUUUUUCUUGCAGGCAUAACUUUAGUUGCCCACUAGGUGGCCCUCUUAAUUACUUUAUCACUUCAGUGAGCCUCAAUGUUGAAGUCAUUCUAAAAACUCUAAAGACAGCAAGUGGCUGCUUGGACAUGUGAUAUCAAAAUCUCACAGAAUUUUACGGUGAAUUUGAAAGAUUUUUCUUAGACUGGAUUAUCAGGCUGGUUACUUCUUUUGCUUUUCUUUGUCUCAUAGUGUUAAAUGAUAUCUUAAACAUUCCCGCUUUGGGUGAGUGAUGGUGGCAUCUUUAAAGCUAAUGAUAAGUGGGAGAAUAGAUGUAAAAUGUACAAAGAUGUAUCUUCAUAGACACAGCCUUAUUUGCAAUGUGACCCCUCCCUGUCCUAUUUAAACGUUCUCUUUCACUUUGUGUACUGCAGCUUUUCACACACGACACUUAAGCAGGUUUUUAAAGUUAAAAAAAAGAGAGCCCACUCGGGCCUCUGCAGUCUGGGGCUCGUCUGUACCUCUCAAACCUGGGAUCACUGACAUUUUACCAUCAUUUAUUGUGACUGAGGUGAUUACAGGAAUCCUCAGGUGCUGUUGCAUUCCCUGGCCUCAAGUCUCUCGUUAAAUGGGUGUAAUGUUUGAAGAGAACAAACGUAUGUUGAGUGAUUAUAAACUUAGUGAUCUCAGAUCCCAGUCUUAUUUUAAGACACUCCACGGCUGAUGUGUUUUUUUUUUUUUCUCACUGUCAGCAGUUUGCUUUGUAUUUAGGUCUGACUGGGUAGAUUUUUUUUUUUUCUCUCUCUCUUCAGGAACUGCUGAACAGUUUGAGAUAAAGAGAUGCCUUCGGUUGUGUUUCUCUGCUCGCUUUCCGCUGUAUGAGUGUAUGAUUUGCUGAUAUACAACAUCUGCAGGCUGCAUCGAUGUUGAGUGCCUGUGUGUGAGGAGUGUUUGUGUGUGUGUGGGAGAGCUGAAAUGCUCUCUCUGCUUUUACGGUGUAAACUUUGUGCAAUAUCUCUGCAGACUGUUGGCGUGUGUCUCUCUUUUAAAGUAGAGAGAAUGAAUUUAACUAUUUCUCCUGGAGCACAGUUAAUUGACUUUGUAUAUGCUAUUCUUAUGACUAAUUCCCAUGUGAAGCGUGUCCAGGGUUGUUUCUGACAUGUUUGUUUAAUUUGUUCUUUUUAAAAUCUCCAAAUUAAUGUGCUGAAUUUAAAACUCUUGUGAAAUCUAUGGAGUUAUGCUGUAUCUAUUCGCAGGUCAUGUCUCACUGACCAGUGUGUUAAACAGUCUGCAUUAAACAUUUUGAUCCGGGUGUGGUUUGCAAAUUUAAAACACAAACUUCAGAUAAUAAACUUCUGUUCUGUCUGUAUGAACA